AUGGUGAAGCGCGGCUUCACCAGCACCACCGAGCGCGACGAGAACGUCGGGAAGCCCGUUUGGGUAAAGUGGAUCGAGCCACGCGGCAAGCAGAAGCACUACCACAAGGGCGAGGUUGAGUCUUUCGACGCCGCGACCCGGAUGCACACCAUCUUCUACGAGGAUGGAGAGAGGGUUCCCACGCGACUCGCGGAGCAGGAGGCCGCCGGGCUGCUCUCGUGGCACGCGCCCGGGUCAGCGGCGAAGACGCAGCCAGCGCCCGGCUCAGCGGCGAAGGAGCAGCCGGCGCGCAAAGCGGUGGCCGAGCCCGCGACGGGCCGCAAGCGGCGCCGCCAGUCGGACGCGUCUCCUCCCGCGCCCGAGCCCGCACCGAAAGUCGAGCCCGCCGCGGCGCCGGACGGCGAGUCCAAGUCGGCGUACGAGCUCGAGCGCGAGCGCAACAUCGCCCAGAACCAGGCGGCGCUUGCGGCGCUCGGGCUCGACGGCCCCUCCCUCACGCGGCGGCCUCCGCCUAGUCCCGAGGAGCUGGCCGCUCGGGCAGAGCGGGCGGCGCAGCUGGCGGCCGAGCGGGCGGCGCGGCUGCAGGAGGCCGCGGCGGACGAGUGGCUGUGCGAGAUGGAGGAGUGGCUCUCUCCAAAGGUGUCGGACGCCAACCUGCGCAACGUGAUGAAGGUGGUCGGGAACCUCGCGAGCGGCGCCGGGGUCGUCCACCCGCUCACCGGCGCGCGCUUCCGGGAGGGCGAGCCCGUCUCCCCGUCGACCGACUUCGUCGCCCUCCGCGCCGAGGCAAACUCGUUCCUGCGGCCGGAGGACGACGCCGGGCACGGCUGGCGACUCGACCACCCGAUCGGCAAGUGCAUCCUCUUCCAGCACCACCUCCACGCCUCGCGGCGCUGA